UAAACCUCCUACCUCGCCUCCUCUCUGCCGGUUUCACCCGAAGCCAGUGCCGACUUUCUUCCUCUCUCGUGCCUGUAAACCUCGCGGCACACUCGCUUCUGGAGCUAACUGGGAAGUCAAUGGCGGGAUCGCAGCGUACAAAGCUCUCCGAAAGCCCGGUUGGGGAUGAUGAUGCAGAAAGAAAGAUAAAGAAGGACCAAAAGGCAAAACUUAAAGAAGAAAAGAAGCUCAAGGCUGCACAAAAGGCUGAGGCUGCCAAACUCCAGGUAAAUGAUGGAUCAAAGAAAGUUGAAAAGAAAAAUCGAAAAAAGGAUGUCGAAGAUGAGAAUCCUGAGGAUUUUGCUGAACCUGAAACUCCUGCUGGAGCAAAGAAACUCCUUUCUCGUCAAAUUGCAAAGCAGUAUAAUCCCAGUGUUGUUGAGAAAUCAUGGUAUGCAUGGUGGGAAGCAUCAGGUUUCUUCAACGCAGAUGCAAAAAGCUCGAAGCCCCCUUUUGUGAUAGUUCUGCCACCUCCAAAUGUAACCGGCGCUCUUCACAUAGGCCAUGGCCUUACUGCUUCUAUACAGGACAUGAUUAUCCGGUGGAGAAGAAUGUCAGGUUGUAAUGUUUUGUGGGUACCUGGAAUGGACCAUGCAGGAAUAGCUACCCAGGUAAUUGUUGAAAAAAAACUCAUGAGGGAGAGUAAAUUGACUCGGCAUGACUUAGGACGUGAGAAGUUUGUGUCCGAAGUUUGGAAAUGGAAAAGUGAAUAUGGAGGUACCAUACUGAAUCAGAGUCGUCUUGGUGCUUCUCUCGACUGGUCCCGUGAGUGUUUUACAAUGGAUGAGAAGAGAUCAAGGGCAGUCACUGAAGCUUUUGUCAGGCUUUACAGGGAAGGUCUUAUUUAUAGAGAUUAUCGCCUUGUGAAUUGGGACUGUACAUUGCGAACUGCAAUAUCUGAUAUUGAGGUUGACCACAAGGAAAUUAAGGAGGAGACAUUCCUUAAGGUUCCUGGCUUUGACUUUCCCAUUCAGUUUGGGGUGUUAACUUCUUUCGCUUAUCUUCUCGAGGGAGGCUUGGGCGAGAUAGUUGUUGCCACGACCAGGAUCGAAACUAUGCUUGGCGAUACUGCUAUUGCAGUUCAUUCUGAAGACGAGAGAUAUAAACAUUUGCACAGAAAGUUUGCCGUUCAUCCAUUUAACGGGAGAAAGAUUCCCAUAGUUUGUGAUGAUAUUCUGGUUGAUCCGAAUUUUGGGACUGGGGCCGUGAAGAUUACUCCAGCUCAUGAUGCUAAUGAUUUUGAAGUGGGAAAGCGCCAUAAUCUUGAGUUUAUCAAUAUAUUCACUGAUGAUGGGAGAAUUAACAUCAAUGGUGGAGCUGAAUUUGAAGGGAUGACAAGAUUUAAAGCCCGGAUUGCUUUGAUUGAUGCUUUGAAGGAAAAGGGACUUUAUAGAGGAGCACAGAAGAAUGAGAUGAGCCUCGGUAUUUGUUCCAGAAGUAAUGAUAUUGUAGAGCCUAUGAUAAAGCCCCAAUGGUUUGUUGAUUGCAAUAGUAUGGCAAAAGCUGCCCUUGAUGCUGUUAUUGACAAAGAGAACAAAAAGAUUGAGAUCAUUCCAGAGCAAUAUGAACAAGAUUGGAAGAGAUGGCUAGAAAAUAUACGAGAUUGGUGCAUUUCACGACAACUAUGGUGGGGUCACCGCAUCCCUGCCUGGUAUGUGACCCUAGAAGACGACGAACUCCAAGAAUUUGGCACAUAUAAUGACCAUUGGGUGGUUGGAAGAGAUGAAAAAGAAGCCAAUCUCGAGGCGAAGAGGAUAUUUGUGGGGAAGAAAUUUAAGAUUGCUCGGGAUCCCGAUGUACUGGACACGUGGUUCUCAUCUGGACUUUUUCCGUUAAGUGUGCUCGGUUGGCCGGAAGAUACAGAUGAUUUUAGAGCCUUUUAUCCGACUUCUGUUCUCGAAACGGGCCACGACAUUCUGUUUUUCUGGGUGGCUCGGAUGGUGAUGCUAGGCAUGAAACUUGGCGGCGAUGUUCCCUUCAAAAAGGUCUACUUGCAUCCAAUGAUACGUGACGCUCAUGGGCGCAAAAUGUCGAAGUCCUUGGGCAAUGUUAUCGAUCCGCUUGAAGUGAUAAAUGGAAUAUCACUCGAAGGCCUUCACAAACGUUUGGAAGAGGGUAACUUAGACCCGAAUGAACUAACCAUUGCAAAACAAGGACAGGUGAAGGACUUUCCAAAUGGAAUUGCCGAAUGUGGUGCCGAUGCUCUUCGGUUCGCUCUCAUAUCCUACACUGCACAGUCUGACAAGAUAAAUCUCGAUGUUCUUCGAGUCGUCGGAUACCGACAGUGGUGUAAUAAGCUAUGGAACGCUAUAAGGUUCGCUCUAAGCAAAUUGGGGGACAACUAUUCUCCUUCGUCAAAUAUUGUGGUAGAUACAAUGCCAUCAAUCUGUAAAUGGAUUCUUUCUGUUUUGAAUAAAGCUGUAGAUAAGACUGUUUCUUCUCUUGAAUCAUACAAAUUUUCGGAGGCAUCUACUGCUGUAUAUUCAUGGUGGCAAUUCCAGCUUUGUGAUGUAUUUAUUGAAGCUAUAAAGCCUUAUUUUUUCUCUGAAAAUGCUUACAUAUCUGAGAGGAAAGCCUCUAGAGAUACUUUAUGGAUAUGUUUGGACUCCGGCUUGAGGCUGCUCCAUCCAUUUAUGCCUUUUGUUACGGAGGAACUAUGGCAGAGACUUCCCCAAGCUCGAGAAAUCCAUCAGAAGGAAUCGAUAAUGAUAUCGGAUUAUCCGUCGGUGGUGGAGUCAUGGACUAGUGAACAAAUUGAAAGCCAUAUGGAUAUUGUUCUUAGUACGGUGAGAAAGAUAAGGUCACUACGAUUGCCGACGGACAAAAAUGAAAGACGCGCAGCUUUUGCACUUUGCAGAGGAGAUGAUAUUGCUUCAAUUAUUAAAAAUUAUGAAUCAGAGAUCCUCACCCUCGCUUCGCUGUCAUCUUUGAAGGUACUAUGUGAGAAUGACUUGCCUCCACCUGGCUGUGCAGUUGAUGUGGUAAAUGAAAAUCUCUCCGUCUAUCUGGAGCUCCAAGGGAUACUUGAUCCUGAAGCUGAACGCCAAAAGCUUAGAAAAAAAAGAGAGGAAAUACAAAAGCUGCACACAAAUCUGGAACAGGUGAUGAGUUCUACAGGUUACAAGAAAGCUCCUCAAAGUGUCCAAGAUGAUAAUAUGAGGAGAUUAAAUGCACUUUUGGAAGAGCUUAAGAUUAUUGCUGCCGCUGAAAAGGAUAUUGAUGAAAUGAUAAUUUCUGAUAAAUGACUUAUAUCAGAUCUCUCAUUUUUCAGCAGGUAAUAGUUUCUUUGUGUUUUUAUCAUUCAAAAUUUUGUUAUAAUUUAAAAUUUGAAGGCAGUGGGGAGAGAUUUGAAGUCUUUUUAAAGAUAACCCAUUAAAGUUUUGUUGUAACAUUUUAUUAUAAAUGUUUUUAAAUUAUAUGGAAUAAA